UCCCACAGUGGCUUAGCGCCCUCGGAGACCUUCGGUCGCUAAGGCGAACGGCACGUGUUGGCUCUCAAUACAAGGCUGGUGCCGCUUUUGGUUCAUUUGCAGGUUGCUUGGGUUCCUUCUAGUGGCUCUCGGGCGUAUUCAGUUCAUCCGAUGGGACGAGAACUUUGAUUCCAUGGUCACAACGUCAAGGACCCAUAUCUGUUCACGGAAGUAUAAAGCUCAUCCCGUCAGAGGGAUCAUCGCUCAGCAUCCGCAAGACCUCAAGCUGCAAGACUCCUCAAGACUCCGCUGCAAGACACAUCAGACCACGACCGCGCAAGACAUCCCAUCCUUGAAACGUACAGAAGAUAUGGUUCGCUUCCACGCCCCAUCCAACUCGUCAUUCACAGCUGCUGCCGCGGCUACCAAUAGGCGUCUGGCGGAGGCCCCCCUCCGACCCACUCUUCCCAAACCGGGACUUCCGAGGGAGGGAGAUGGCGGCAAAGGCCAGGCGCAGGAUAAGGGCAAGGCCAGAGCUACCGACAAGGGCAAGGGCAAGGCGAUAGACAAGGGCAAAGGCAGAGCCAGAACUCCUGCCCCCAUGGAUAUCGGCGCCAAAGAAAAGCUCAAAAUGAAUAUGAAGCGAAAGGCGGUCUUGCCACCCAAUCUGAGGAGGCCGCAGUGGUGUCAUCUCUACGUCGGCAACCUCGUUCGCGGAAUCACACAAGAAAUGUUGGCCGACUUCUUCAAGAAGAACAGAUGCGGCAAGGUCAUGCGCGUCAUCAUCCGCACGACUUCGGGCGUACCCGCGUCGGCCCACUCGUCUCUUCCUAGCAGUCUUACAGAUAGGAUGUAUGCCUCUGUCGAGUUCACGGAUGUCUUCGCGAUCCGCAGAGCCUUGGCACUGAAUGGUGCCAAAUUGAACGGCGCUAGGCUCACGAUAUGCCUUACUCCCGCCGAGCUGCCUGAAAUUCAGGACAUAGUCAAGACCCACAUGGGAGGCAAGGCUGUCAGGGCACUCAAGCGCAUCACGAUCGAACGCACUCAGGCCGUUGUGGCCGUUGGCCCUCCAGACGCUCCUCAGGCAGGUCCUUCUCGGGUCCCUCGAGCCGGCCUUUCCAGGGCUCCUCAGGCAGCUCCUAGAGCUCCCAAGGCCGGCCCCAGGAUUCCUCAGGCAGGCCCUUCCAAGGCUCCUCAGGCCGAACCCGCAGCUCACAGCUCGCCUCGCAAGUCCAAGGCUCAGCCGGUGCCCGAUGUAGUACUACCGCCGAUCCUCCAGAAGCUCCAGGUGAUGGGCGUGUCUUUCGCGCAGACGAUUGCGUAAUGAUGGACAGUGUACGGUCCUCCAUGGUUCAGAAAUCUAGACGAGCUAGCCAGACUAGCCCAUCACGCCGUUAUGCAAUGCGCCCGAUACACAGGGUGGAGCACGCUCAUUUCGCCUGUAUCUCUUUUGUCUUCCUUACCCGGCCAGUGUACAAUAGACUCGUGUAGCAUAUGUAGACAUGUAUGUGGAGGCAUCGCCUAGCAAUACGCAAUGCGAUCAAUGCUCGUGCGCGCGCCGGGUGUAAGUUGAGACUUGUUGAGUUGAUGCUUCGUAAGCCGCGAGACCGCCAAUCAAAGCGUCGCAAGUGGAAGUCGUGACAGGUGCUGGC